UCAUAGUCAAUAAUUCUAAAUCCAUUUUGUUUUGGUACCAUGAGGAAUGAGAACACAUUUAUGUAAAGUCUCUUGUCUCUUGAUGUGAUUGUCUUGAGGAGACCAUACAAAAUAAAAAAGCAUACAGAUCUCUCUGUUGAGCGAAGAAUGGGGACGAGAACCAAUUUCUACAAGAAUCCUUCUUAUGCAUAUAACAAGCAAUUCAAUCUCAACUCCGUCCUUCAAAAUCUCAAAACUUACAACAUCGCCACCGGAAAUGCUUCAUCCGACGAACCAGCUCCCGUGGUGCAACGGAAGCGCCGCCGCGAGCCAAAGCCGCGGCCUGAUAGACGGGAUGAAGUGAAAGAGAAUGAUGGGCCCAUGUCCCAUCAGGAAUAUAUUGAAAAGCGGAGGAAGGAAGCUGACUUUUCUCAACCUUACCAAGAGUUAACUGCAGAUAUGCUGGAAAGUUCAAGUUCAGCUUUAAAUUUGGUGGGGUAUGAAAGUGAGACAAGUACUUCUUCAGAAUGUGAAGAGGACCGAGGUGAUCCACGAGAUUCUGAAGAACAAUUCAACUCUAGCAAUGGAAUACAGUACUUUCCGGUCACUGACAGCACAGAGGAAGCUGAUCGAAUUAAGACCCGGACUGAGCAGAGGUAUCCUGCUUCAGGAGAGCCUGUAUGUGUUGUGUGCGGGAAAUAUGGGGAGUACAUAUGCAACGAGACCAAUGAUGAUAUAUGCAGCAUGGAAUGCAAAGCUGAGCUUCUGCAGAGCAUUAAAUUCCAACAGCCCCAAAGUGGCCAACUCCUUGUUGAGCCCUUCUCUGCACGUAGAUCUACAUUGGAAGUGCCUGAAUCUGGGGGGAACACUUGGGAUUAUGAUCGGAAUCGCUGGUCCAAGAAGAGAUCUGGGCUUUGCACUUAUGAAUGUUGGAAAUGUCAGAAGCCUGGGCACCUUUCUGAAGACUGUUUGGUUUCGACAUCUCAUUGUGAAAGCAGUCCUGCUGGCGAAGCAUACAACCGUGUAUUCUUUCAUGAUGUGGCGGUUCAAAAUAAAUCCAACACAAUAUCCAGAGAUCUUCUAGAUUUAUACAGAAGAUGCCAUGAUAUUGGAAAGAGAUUCCUGGAUGCAAAAUGCAACUCAUGUCGUGGGUCAAGCACUUUAGCCACAUGUUUAAGCUGUGAUAAUGCUUUUUGUGACUGUGCAGGUCAUUUGAGCGAACAUAUCAGAGGACAUCCAACUCAUCAACAAUAUUACUCAUAUAAACUCAAACGACUAUUGAUUGAGAACCAUGUCUGUACAAAGACGCAGAAUAUUUAUGUCAAAUGCAGUAAAUCAACUUGCAAGGUCACGGCGAUCAAAGAUCUCUUAGCCUGUCAUCACUGUUUCAGUAAAGCAUUUGACAAGUUCUAUGAUAUGUACACAGCAACUUGGAAACCAUCUGGACUAUCGAUCAUUUGGAAUUCGAUUUGCUGCGAAGAUCACUUUGAAUGGCACCGGAUGAAUUGUUUGAGCGCAGAUGUAGAAGAUAAUGCCUAUAUUUUCAAACAUAAACAAGCCCAGAACAAGAAAUUUGUGCAGCUGAGUGACUUUAUCUUUUGAAGAGGUAUCAAGGCAACUGCUCCUGCAAUGGAUUUACGAGUUGAUGGAGAUUAGGUAAAACUAGUCUUGUUUUAAUACGAAGAAGUGCUGCCGACCAUUUUCCGCAACAUUUCCUGAUUUCUGCUCUAUCUUGUCCGGAAGGUUAAUCGGUGUGAUCUUGUAAUACUUUUCUGACCACUGGGGAAGCACUGCUUUAAACCUGGUUUUAUACCAGCAGAAGAAAUAUGAAAAUAACGAGUUUUCUGCAAAAGGGGGAAAUACUGGGUUGUGUUGUUACUAUAUUUAAAUAGCCCUUUGGUUUUCUUA